CGAGAAGAUACCCAUCCUCACGGACUGAGACGUGAGAGAGCCUGAGGAGAUGGAGACCUUCAUCCAUCUUUACCCCAAUCUACUCGAUCUUGGGAGUCAAGCCAAGAUGUGACUGUCACGGUGCGUCAUAGUUUGGAACUGUCCAGCUUUUACAACACUUGUUUCUAUAGCAACAGAAAUAUCUCACAAUCCCAAAACGUCCUAUUCUAAUAAUGCAGUCCUCCUCUCAACCUCCAAAGCCACGGCGUUUUGAUGUCAGGAGGCGGACUAAUACCAUAGCUGGACCAAAGUCUAAUGGCCCCGGUGUUCAGAAGGAGGAUAAAAACAUGAACACAAUCACCACAUCCUCCCCAAGGCGGGCUACCAAAGGCCCCAUUGCUCCCUCCAGAACGAGGGUGGGUAUACAGCCUCGAGCUCCAGUAAUCCAGCCCAGGCUGAGCUCACAAAAGCAGGCCUCCACCAUUUCCAGAUCAGCUAAACCCAAACCUAAGAGUGCUCGUGCAUCAACGGGACCCAAGAGCGCAGAAGCUCCUCCUCAGCUCCCUUCUGUUCUCCCUCUUGACCCAAACUGCAAUGAGCCGAGCCUCCCGUGUCUGUGCUGUGAUGGGCGCUCUCCUCAGGACAGUAACAGUAUGUUCAACCAUAACCACAACAAUAACAACACCAUUUCUAUCAGACAGCAGCUGCAGCUGCCACCUCCUCCAGCUCAGUUGCCCCAGAAGCACGAUGGGACAGGGGACAAGGAGCAGCCUCUGUCACAAGCCCAGGCCCAGCUGGAUCCCCCUGCUCGCCCCUCUGCCAGUCUUGAAAAUAAAGAGAAGAAUGCAGAUGAAAAUGCUGAUCUAGACAACAAGAAAAAGAUAGAAGAGGAAGAUGAUGAUGAAGAAAGCACUCCUGCUCUGAUCUAG